AUGGAUCGCCUAAAAGUACGACGAGCAUCGAGGAGAGCCCAGAACACUCGUUUGGUCAACGAGGUAAGAGCAUCUUUGGCAUCGCCUCAACCAGACGUUGAGGCUCUUAGCGUGCUUUACCAAAGAUUGAAACUGAGCAACACCGAGCUCGUGAAGCUAAAUGAAGAACUAGAGCCUUUAGUGCCUGCCGAGGAGCUCAGUGUUGAGUGCGACGCCGUGAUGGAGUACGAGGACACGGCGAUCGCCUCACUGGCGCAGUUGGAACUUAAGAUCGACCGAUUGAAGAACGGCCCCAUGACGUCGCGCACAAACGACUCGCUGCAUCGGGAUAGAGCCACCGGAAGCGCAACUGAGGAAGGUUACGUCGAGGGGAUAGAGCUGCUACAGAAGAGGUUUGGAGAUAAGACCCAAAUCGAGCAGGAGCAUCUGAACAAGCUUAGAACGGUGCACCAGACGUUCCGCGGCUGGCUCAUGACAAAAAAUGAAUGCUGUUACAUUAGAGGCGUCAUUGAUAGCGGCAGUCAGAGAACCUUCAUCAGAGAAGAUGUGUCAAGAAAGCUUAAACUGAAGGUGAUUGGCAAAGUGAAUCUGAGCGUUAACGCAUUCGGAAGUGUCCGGGACAGCGAAAGGCACGAGCGAAGAUUGGUCGAAAUCGAACUUCAAAGUCAGUACGACAAUCAGAAGCACAGGAUCGAGGCGAUUGAGGUACCGGUCAUUUGCAAAGACAUCGAUCGGAUACCGAUGGACAAUGACUUCGUGCAGAAAAUCGCGAAAGAAAAAAAGUAUCUAGCGGAUGUGCUGGUCUUCCCAGGCGUUCAGAGAGAGUGCGGAAUCAGCCUUCUAGUUGGAGCAGAUCAGCUUGGAAAGCUGUUGGAGCAUGAAGUAUGCUGGGAUGAAAACAACAGGUGUCUAUCAGCCGUGAAAACAACAAUGGGAUGGACAUUUCAGGGUCCCGUGACCUCGAAGAACUCAAGACGAAAGCAAACAAGCAGCAACGUGUGCGUGCUCAGAGCCGGUGCAACGGGCGACGAUGAAGUAAGCUCGACCCUGCGGCAGUUCUGGGAACUUGAAAGCCUCGGCAUCAAGGACUCAACGACCAACUCUGCUCACUACGAGUCUGUAUUACGGGGUUUUGAGGAAACCAUCACAAUGACAGAUGGAAGAUACCAAGUUGCUCUUCCCUGGAAGUCUCAGAACCUAGGAGAUCUCGGCAAUAACAGAAAGGUGGCAGAGAAGAGACUGCAAGGGCUCUGCCAUCGCUUGGCUCGAGACGAAGAACUUCUUCUGAAGUGUUUUUAUGUUGACGACCUGAUUGUGGGUGUCUCAUCAUACGAAGAGGCGCAGAAACUCUACGAUGACUCCACGGAAAUACUUGCCAAGGCGGGAAUGAGGCUUCAAAAGUGGUCGACGAGCUCAAGGGAACUCAAGUGUCACAUUGAAAAGACAGCGGACGAAACGUCUACUUGUGCUGAAUCGUCAGGUCUGACAAAGGUACUGGGAAUUCUUUGGGACACCGAACAGGACAAUCUUCAGGUGAACUUACAGUCACUGUCAGACUUCGUCGAAGAAAGAAUGGAUACGAAGAGGUUCGUUCUUCAGACCACUUCGAGGCUCUUCGACCCUUUGGGACUGCUCUCUCCAUACAGCAUCCGAGCCAAAAUUUUGUUUCAGCAUAUUUGGGAGAAAGGAAUCGACUGGGACACCUCAUUGCCAAAUGAUUUGCGUGAGGAAUGGCUUGCAUGGUGCGGCGAGCUUGUUGAACUUGGCUCUCUUUCGGUCGACAGAUGCUUCUUGGUGACAGAGGGAGCAGUUAAGUCCAGACAACUCCAUGUUUUCACGGACGCAAGCACUCAGGCGUACGGAGCUGUGGCCUACAUGCGAGUCGAGGACACUAACGGAAACAGCAGCGUACGGCUUGUGAUGUCCAAGGCACGUGUUGCACCUUUGAAGAAAAUGACUUUGCCACGUCUGGAGCUCCUCGGCGCUCUUAUCGGAUCAAGAUUGAUGGCUUUCUUGAUUGAGACAUUGGAUUUGCCUGACCUGGAAUGCCACCUUUGGACAGAUUCUACCAUCACCCUCAGUUGGAUUCAGGCAUCGGCAAGCAAAUGGAAGCCAUUUGUGUGCAACAGGGUCGUGGAGAUCCAAAGCAACACCGACCCCCUUCGGUGGCGACACUGUUCAGGAAAGGACAACCCCGCGGACAUGCUCACCCGAGGAGUACCCGCCUCCAACCUGACCCUUUCCAAGGUGUGGUGGCAGGGCCCGCAGUGGUUGUCACGUGAUCCAGAUUUCUGGCCUCAAAGAAGAGAGACGAACGACGAGGUUCCGGAUGCUGACGCAGAGCUAAGAGGCAAAAGCACAGUGCUGCUCAGCAAAACAACCGUACAAGGGCCUCUCCUCGUACUUACAGACUACAGCAAAUGGCUCAAGGCAAUGAGGGUGACGGCGUGGAUCAUGCGAUUCAUUAAAAACUUGCAAGGCAUGGGUUCAAGAGUCAGCGGAUCUCUGUCCACCAAUGAAUUGGAGGAGGCAGAGAGAUACUGGACGAAACAUGUUCAGGGAGAGAGCUACAGCGAAGAAAAAGCAAGCCUCGUCGCCAGUGACCGCCUGCGGUCGAGCUCGCGUGUCCGGGACCUGCACCCUUUCUUGGAUGAAGACGGUGUGAUCCGCAUUGAGACUCGACUGCAGAAUGUCUCGGCACCCGACGAGACGAAGUUUCCGGUGCUACUUCCGGGAGACAACCGUUUCACGGAGCUCCUCGUUGAGCACACGCAUGUUCGCAUUUUGCAUGGUGGUGUGAGUGCUACUCUGUGUGAACUGCGGGAGCACUACUGGGUUGUGAGAGGGCGACAGUGCGUAAAACGAGUGAUCGGACGCUGUGGGCUAAAGAAUAUCUGUAUAACCUACGAAGUGCGCAUGCUCGUAGGCCUCAAUCCAGCAGCGGUCUCAAUGUUGGUGAUGUCGUAA